AUGGCUGCGCUACGAUUCGAAUCGGAUGGACCAACAAUUGGAGACCAUGUCGACGACCCGCCGCUUUCAGAGGCUGCGGACGGCGCGGACGGCUCGGACCGUGAACAUUCAUCGAUGCAUGACAACUCUGCCCCGCAGUCUCCCUUGGGAUCAGACACCUCCAGGCUGAGCGAAGGCCACUUGCACGAAGGCCUGAAGCUGUCGUAUUCUUCGGCCGGGCAUUUGGCCUCUGAGGGCGAGGAAGUGAACAUCGAUGUUGUCCACGUACUGGGAGUGGACUCCGAAGAAAAGCGACUCACGAUGAACACUCUUCUCGCAUCGUCGGUCGAGUGCGAGAGAAGGGAAUUCAUUUUCAAAGCCGACGUCGCCAGUCUACUUGUCGGUGAUUUCGCAACUGAGUCAAUAGAAAGCCAAUCGCUUCAACUGCUUCGUGGCCUGACCUGUUUCCAGCGGCAUGACAAACAGCUGACAAGACGUGCCAUGGUUUUUGUCGCCUACGAUCUCGGGGCGCUGAUAGUCAAGAAUGCUAUUUCAAUUGCUGGGCAGUUCCAGUCUCGAUGGCCAGGGAUCUUUAGCAGGACUGCCCGAUUUGUGUUUUCGGGCUGCUUCCAGCGUAGUGAGGAAGUUCAAGCACUCAAACUGAAGCUGUUUAAGUUUUUGCGUGAUAGAAAGGAUGACGCGUGGGCACAUCUUCUGACACCUACGUCCAUCGAGAGCCUCGCGACCGCAACAAGAAUAACGACCGAGCUCUUCGUUGCUUCUAGGAUUUCAAUGAGAACUCGGAUUUUCAGUCUAUAUGCCAAUGAAACUGGUCGCGGAACGAUACAUUCUGUAUUCGAAUACUUCACUGCCACCCUCGGACUUCCCCGCGAGUAUCCGGUGCUGGAAGGAAAGGAUGAGGCGGAGCGAUUUCCCGCCUUAGAUUGUUCCCCCCUUCCACAAUGGCAGCCGCUGGAGCAAUCGCUCCUUUCCCUUGCUCUUCCUCAUCGCCAGAUGCAAUCCAAGUCCCUGCAACCCUCCCACUCUGUGCUGAUGAGUUCUGAGCAUAAGGAGUGGAGAACCUCGAGCGGCCCCCGGAUACUGUACAUCCACGGCAAAAACCACCGGGCAACGAGUGAGGCAGCAGAACAGGUUUAUCUCUCUUGGCAAGCCGCGCAACGAGACAAGAAGUUGUACGGAUCAAGGAUUUUCUCUUUCUCCUUCUCAUCGCAAGACCCAACCCGCGAUUCGACAGUCGACUUUCUCAGUUCACUGAUUCUCCAAAACUGUGCGGGCUAUGUGGCUGGACCUCUCGACGCCGACUUCCAAAUCAUACAAGACCAGUUUCAGCUUCAUCAUAGAUGGACCGAGAAGGAUCUGCUAAACCUCUUCUUGGUGCAAGACAUCUAUUAUUCUGGGGCCGACGCCCUGUUUCUUCUCCAGGACAUCGACCAAUGCGAAGGUUGGGAAAAAUUCUUGACCAUGUUGAACGGCAUUGCGGCCACCACAGAAGACUCGCUGGCUCUUGUGGUAACUUCUGGACCCAGUCGGCCGUUGCAUGACAAAAUUAAAGCAUGGCCAGAUAUCCCAGUUCACCAGUAUACCUUACCCGCUAGCAUAGAAGACUGGAACGCUGCAUCUGAUGAAGGAUACCUCGAUACACUGAUUUCUAGCCUCUGUCCAAGUGGCCAUGGAGAAGCUCGAAUCCGAAAGAGCCUACAAAAGCUCAUGGAUAUGAGUAAAGACACGCUGAUCAAAUCUCUCGAGCUGAUCAAAGAUCAUACGACCUGGCCCAAAGCAGCAUCGGUACAGACUCUGUCUAAGUUCUGCUCCCUGAUAGAACUGGUAACUCCGUCUUCCACUCCGGCUAUGGUCUUGGACCAAAUUCUGCGAUCUAAUCACGAUCAAGGCCGCUUCCGAUGGAUCUUGAAAUGGCUCUUGUGUGGAUACCGCCCAUUGACCAGAAGGGAGCUCGCAGUGUUACUGUGUCACUACCAACGCACAGAGGAAUGGACUUUUGUUACACCAUCAAGCACCGAUCUACAAGACGCCAUCCGCCAGCUUGAUAUCUGGCUUUGUGGUUUUGUCGAUUUCAGCCACGACCAAGUCUGUAUUCGAGAUGACAUAUGGGAUCUCCUCGAACCAGGCAUGGCUCACUUGUGGGAUGAGGUACGAUCGACAGCAUCCGGCACUAUUCUCAACUUCAUCCUUGCCUAUCUUUCUAUGCCUGAAGUCCAGGAACAUCUGAAUUCUAAAUACAGUCAGUACGAAUCCCUGGUCCAUGCCUCUGGUGAUGAAAUCACACCUCCCCUUUGUCCGGACGGCCAAGACAUUGUCUUCUACGCAGUCCAAGCUUUUCCGUGCCACCUAUCGGAAAAUCCACUGGUUCUGAAGAAGCUGGAGAAUGAUUUGAUUUCUUGUCAGGGGCCAAUGGCAUUGUGGAUGAAGGUAUAUUGGGCCAUGAGCAAUCCUUUCUCAAGACCUUGCCUAGAAACGCUCAGUUCCGCUUCUGAAACACUUCUUGCAUCUGAAAAUCUGAGGCCAAGUGCAGUCAAAAUUCUCAGGAAGUUCAAGAGAACCUGGCCUGACAAAACAGAUGGAAAGAAAGACUCUGGACCUAUCCGCAAGCUUUCAGAGAUCAGCGCCCUCGUCGAAGCCACCAGAGCCGGUAAUCAAGACCUGGCGCUGGUUCGCGCCAGUCAGAUCGUAUCUGCUGCAAAAACCCAACAAACAAUUCAAGGCGACCAAGACCACCCAGGGGAUAUGUCGGACAUUCCGUGGCCUUCAUCAGUUUUAUGGAUGGCGACAUGGCUCAACAUGGACCUGCUGGUCGAUCUCCUCCUUGAAAACGGGAUGAAUCCAGACCCCGACGACAAUGCUUCUCGCUUCUUCCCAUCACCUCUCUAUAUGGCCGCUCGUAUGGGCUACGCAAAGAUCACCAGAGCGUUGUUAAGCUACGGAGCGAAAGUAGAUGUCCUCCGAGCUGAGACGUACAAUUCGAUAUACACCGCCGCAGGCAACGGUCACAUCGAUGUUAUCGAAGCGUUGUUAGAGAAGGACGACUCCCUUUUGGAACUUCAAAAGCCGAACCCGCCUUUGUACAUAGCGUCGAUCCGUGGGAACUGGAAGGUCGUGGAGACAUUGUGUGCGCUCAAGGCGGAUCCAGAUUCUGGCAUUGGACCAGGCUCUGGCGACAGGUGGGCUCCACUCAUAGCAGCGGCUGCGUUCGGCCAAGUGAAAACAAUCGAAGUCCUUCUCAUCCACAAGGCCGACGUCAACAUCAGUGGCCCAUCUGGGGACACUCCUCUCUGGUUUGCAGCCGUCAGAGCCGCGAGUCUCGAGAGCGUCCGAGUCCUCCUGGACAAAAAAGCAGAUCCCAAUCAUGAGUUGAUCGACCCUCCGCUACUUGUCGAAAUGAUGCAGUCCGGAGUUCCGGUGGAAGAUAGGCUCGCAAUAUUCGACCUCCUUAUCGACAACGAUCCACCAGUUCAACUUGACAAGGCUGAUCCAGACAGCGGGAUGACACCCCUUAUGCAUGCCGCCCGUGCGGGGGAGACUGCUGUGGUCAAAUGGCUGCUCGAGCAUGGUGCGGAUGUCAACUUCACCAACGAUGCUGGGAUAGGAGCAUUGUAUUAUGGCAUCGAAAUUCGCCACGUCGAAGUCUUGCGUGAGUUACUGGAGUGGAAGCCCGAGCUUGAUCGGCUCACCAGCUCGGGAGAGACACUGCUUCAAAUCGCUGCAGACGAUGCAUCUAUAGUCAAAAUGCUGCUUCAAGCGGGUGCCAACGCCGAAUUGACCAACAGUAGCAAACAAACGAUCAUCAACAUUGCUGUCGGAGAUGGAAAAGCAGAUUUGGUGAGACUACUGGCCAGCAGGAAGGUGGACAUUCACCACCGUGACCAAUUUGGCUGGCCUCCCCUUCUAGAUGCCAUAGGAUACUUUCCGGACGCAGAGAUCGUACGAAUUCUUGUGGAAAGUGGUGCUAACCUUGAGGACACUCUUAACGAUGGCAGAACUCCUCUCCAUUUGGCAGCCACCAGCAGUCCAGAAAUCCUCAAAAUCCUCCUAGAGUUCCACGGUGCUCUCGACCUGGAAAAGUGCGAUGAAGACGGAGAGACGCCCCUGCUGGGAGUCACGUCGGAUAGCCAAAUGGAGAACGUCAAACUUCUCGUCAGAGCCGGGGCCAACAUCAACGCACAAGAUCCAAGAGGCUGGACUCCCCUGAUGAAGGCAGUGAAUGGCAGCAUGCCCAGUGGCGCGGUAGACUUUCUUCUUUCCCAGCCAGGUAUCAAGGUCAACAUCCAGGGGAAGGUGGGAACGGCUCUCCAUAUUGCAUGCCGGAGACUCAGCCUCAGCGACAUCACCAAGCUUAUGAGUCACGGUGCAGACCCUAACCACUACGUCUUGGAACUCAAAAGUACUCCCCUGAUUGCCAGCUGCUUUCCCUCCGGGUCGGUGCGCAGCGAACAUCUUAGACUAAUGGAGAGAGUUGUGCGUAAAUUAGUCGAACAUCCUGAACACCCUGCGGACGUAAAGGCAAUGCAUGGGACCACCGUGUACAACGCAAUCUGUGCCGCAGCCUUGGCUGGAGGACCUGGCGUUAUCGACUACCUGCUCACUGUUGGGGCGUCAACCAAGGACAAAGAUCCCCUGGGACGUGUCCCCAUCCAUUUCGCGGCUGCCAACGGCAUCAGAAACUUUGAAUUUGUCAAAUUAGCCCACAGGGAGGACCUCAUGAUCUCGGACCGGUUCGGAAAGAAUGUCCUCCAUUGGGCCGCACAAUUCGGCCACGUCGAAACGGUGGAGGACAUCUUCAAAAGUUUCGCAACUGCGCGAGAGAGAAAAGAAUACACCAACCGACCCGACGUUGAUGGCUGGACGGCGCUUUGUUGGGCUUGUCGACCUUUCACUGGUAGAUUUAUGACGUCCGAAGAGCGUGAUUAUGCCGGAACGGUUCUGUGUCUUCUUAAAAAUGGAGCAGAUCGCGCAGUUGAAUGUAGGAUGGGUCAGGGAGAUUCAGCUGAGACAUUCACGCCCCUCAAACUCGCUAAAUUGUGCAACGCCGACGACGAGAUUAUCGGCCUCCUGACUCAUGGCCUAGAAGGAAAUCCUAGUAGCGACGCCAAAAAAGUCACAAUCGACCCUGAGACUCAAGGCAAGAAAUACACUGCUUGCGCGAUCUCCUGUGAUACCGUGUUCGGCCAGGCAUUCCAAUGCCAAUCCUGCGACAACUUUAAUGUUUGCAAGAAAUGCUACGGUCGAAUCGACGAGUACCACUCCCAAAUCAGGAAGGAAGACGGCCGACCCCACGACUUCAAAUUCCGUGAGGGUCACGAGCAGGAAUUCCAGGAUCCCUCAGCCCCCAGCUCACCCAGGUCAGCUUCUACGAACGAGCCAGAACGAGGACGCGAGGGCUCCAGAGGCCGCCGAACACCCGAAGCCAUGUCCUUGGAGGAGGGCGACAUUCUCGACGAUUUGGCCUCCGUCGAGAGCGAUGAGCUGGACUUUUCUGAUUUCAAUGAUCCGUACGAGGAUGAUGACUUGCCAUAG